CUGCUUAGUACCUGACGUAAACCCAAGCCUAUCCGAAGUCGCGGCGCCGCAUGCCUCUUUUGAAAUUCCAUGCAUCGGGUCCGUCGUUACCCGAACGUUCGGAAGCUCUUCUAAGCGGUGAGGAACUAUCGGAAUUUUCCGCCACUUCUCAUACUAAACGCCUGCUUUUGCUCCUUUUUCCCUUUCUCUUUUGACUGAACAAACAAACAGCGCACUUAGUUGUUACGACCAAGGUAGCCGCGCAAACUCGUUGGCCAAGAUGAACUGCCCCUCCAGAAUCGACGAGGCCCUGCUGCUGCAUCCGGACUGGAACCAGAACCCGCCUUUCCUAGCGGCGGAUCUCACGACACGCGAAGAUCUAAACGGCAGGGCGAAUGAGCGGGAGCGGGAUGACGGUGGUGAUUGUAUACCUCCCGGCUGUGGUGGCGGGGAGCUCGAUGCUGUUCGCGACACGAGCGCCAGACCGCCUCAGCUGCGUGAGCAAGAGGCGGGCGUGGGGCGCUUGUCCUUUGGACUUGCUACCCCGCGCAUGAAGACGGCUGGUGGUGGUGCUGGCCAUCUCUGUCUUCCGCUCUCCCACGCCCGCUCUGGUCCUGUUCUGCCACAGAAUUGGAGCCAGGUUGCGGUGGCGUGGGUUCUUUCUCUUGCGAUUUCUUCGGCAUUGUGCUUUCUGCUUGGGAGCAGGUGGAAUUCAAAGCUGGUCCAGAAGGGUGUGUGGCAUUCGCAAGCCGAGCAGGGAGCCCCAGUGAACUCUUCACUUCAAACCUCCACACGCCGACAUCACAACAAACGAGCAGGCUCAACCUGCCCCACCGGCGACAGCGUCGACGAAUCCCUCUACAACACGCCCCUCCACGUCGGCGCCCUCUUCAUCAUCCUCACCGUCUCCACCCUCGCCUGCUCGUUCCCCCUGCUCGCCACCCGCUUCCCCGGCCUGCAGCUCUCGCAGCGCUUCUUCUUCGCCGUCCGCCACUUCGGCACCGGCGUCCUCAUCGCCACUGCCUUCGUCCACCUCCUGCCCACCGCUUUCAUUCUGCUCGGCGAUCCCUGCUUGGCGAGCUUCUGGACGGUUGACUAUCCCGCUAUGCCGGGCGCUAUUGCGCUGACGGGCAUUUUUUUGGUUGUUGUUGUCGAGAUGGUGUUUCAUCCCUGCAGACGCGUUGGCGUUGUGGGCGGGGAGAGGAGCGAGGAACGUGCUGGUGGAGUAGCAGGCUCUGAGCUUGCCAACAGCGGCGGCGAGACUGAAACUAAGACUGAGCCUGAGGCCCCUCCGGUCCCUGUGAGAGACAUGAGUCCGCUCGGCGGCCGGGCAACCAGCAUCGGGCGGAGCCUGUCCCGGAUUGAGCGUCAAGGAACCGGUGACGACGAACCGGACCUCAUCCUCCGUGCAGACGAGCAACCCACCAAGCACCCCCGGCAGCUCGACGCAGAAGCGCAAAGCACAAACUCCAACUCCAACUCCAGCGUCGCACCCGACCUCACGCCCGAGCAGAAGCUGCGCAAGGACAUGCUGCAGUGCGUACUCCUCGAAGUCGGGAUCCUCUUCCACAGCGUCUUCAUCGGCAUGGCGCUCAGCGUGUCCAUCGGGACCGAGUUCAUCAUCCUGCUCAUUGCCAUUGCCUUCCAUCAAACCUUCGAAGGCCUAGCCCUCGGCUCCCGCAUCUCCGCCAUCAUCUGGCCCUCCAAAAACGCUCUCCAGCCAUGGUUCAUGGCCCUCGCCUACGGAUGCACCACCCCCCUCGGCCAAGCUCUCGGCCUCGCCAUCCACACGCUCUACACGCCCGACUCCGAAAUCGGGCUCCUGCUCGUCGGCACCAUGAACGCGCUAUCCGCAGGCCUACUCACCUUCGCGUCGCUCGUCGAGCUGCUGUCCGAGGACCUGCUGAGCGACGAGAGCUGGAGCGUCUUGCGCGGGCGCAAGAGGGUGUGUGCGUGCGCGCUUGUUUUUGCCGGCGCGGCGGCGAUGAGUCUUGUGGGAGCUUGGGCGUGAGCGUGAAUGGGAGAGCUGCGUUGCGUGUGUGUGAGUACGUGCGUGUGGUUCGUGGAGAGAUGCUGCGGCGGCGGUAUGAAGCGGCAUCCCUUUGGGGGAUAGAUGCGAGGCGCUGAGCUGGCGGAAGGGGUACUCCAACUCCGACUCUGCGGAGUCAAGACCCUAUACAGUUUCUUUCUAUUCGUUACUCGUCUCCCCGCCCUUGUUCCUCUGGAAUCGGACUCACUUUUCCUUGUCUCUUUGAAUCGCUGUCUGCAUCUACCCCCUAAUCACCAAUUUUUCCUAAGUUUCAUAACCAAUAGCCAUCUAAAAG